AUGUUCCUUUUUAGCUGGUCGACGCGAGAGAAGGCACGCCGCCGCAAUGAAGCCGUCGAGACCGAGUUCGAUCACUACUUCGGUACGGACUAUCACGAUGUUGCUAAAUGGCAGGAACUCUGCGGUUUGGUGGGCCUCGAGGUUCACGAUUUGUCAUCCAUCACAAAGUGUAAGAAGGCACUAGGCUCACGCAAGGUCAUGAUCAACCUUGUCAACCUGGUCGACCACCUCAAGAAUGGUACGCCGCUCAAGAAGUUCAAUAACUUCUGGAAUUUUCAGCGAUACACGUUGAAGCAAGGCCGGUGUAUGGAUCGGACGCUCGCGAAGAAGAACGCUUUUGUGAACGUGUUGCUGAGACAUGUUGCAUAG